AUGAGGCGAAUAGGCAUUUUUGACCCUCCUCGCCUACCGUACAAGCAUAAUGCGGACUUGACAUAUUUAUUAAAAAUGUCCUCCUGUGCCUCUCGUCAAUCUAUUUUUGACCUAUGUCCAAACGAUGAGACUUUGAAAGGAAUUAAAGAGCUGGACCCGAUUUUUAAACAUAUAUUUGACCAUGAAUCGACUCAAGAUGAAAUUAAAAGCCUGGAGGAUGACAAAGAACAGUAUGGGCACCUGGUCAGAGAUGUGCCCGAAAAGAUGACCUGCUUGGCUUGUAGAUGCUCCUUUACUAACCGCGAAGACCAGAUGGAACAUUACAAACUUGACUGGCAUCGUUUCAACUUGAGACAAAAAAUUGAAGGAUUGUCACCGGUAACAGUGGAAGAAUUUGAGACAAAAACAGGAGCUGGUGACAUGUCAAGUAUCUCGGGCUCAGACUCCGACUCCGAUGAAGGAGAGUCAGAUAGUGACUAUGGUGGAACCAGCAGUAAUGUCACUGGCACAGAUAAUGAGAAUCCCACUGAAAAUAGUAUAUUUUCUGGUCGCCUUUCGAAUAAGGUUGUUUUUCAAAAUCCAUCUGGACAGUAUUUGUCUGUGCAUCGAUGUAUUCUUCACGGAAAGAUGCAGGAAGAAAAGGAUUUAGUACAGUCCCUAAGAGCUGUAAAUAACAAGACCAUAUGGGUGAUUCUCAUGACUGGUGGAGGUCACUUUGCUGGAGCUGUAUUUCAGGGUAAAGAUGUCAUUGAGCACAAGACAUUUCACCGAUACACUGUCCGGGCCAAGAGAGGCACUGCCCAAGGUCUCAGAGAUGCACAGAAUCGAAGCCAUGCCCCCAAAUCGGCGGGAGCUGCUCUCCGGAGAUACAACGAGGCAGCCCUGGUCAAGGACAUUCAAGACGUUCUCGAGAGCUGGGUUGAUCAUUUAAAGGAAGCAUCUGCAAUAUUUGUGCGUUCUCCAAGCUACAACAAAUCCAUAUUUUUUGGUGGGCGGGCACCUGCUUUAGAUAAACAUGAUUUUAGAGUUCGUAGCAUUCCUUUUUCUACAAGGAGAGCAACAUUUAGGGAGGUGCAAAGGGUACAUGGAGUACUAAGUAAUAUUCAGGUUCAUGGUAAAGAGACUGAUGUGUCCCUCAUCUUUAGCCCAUCCAGAAAGACAUGGAAAAAAACAGUUAAGUUGAAUGUAGAGCCAAGCCCUGAUCAAGACAAAGAAGUCCCAUGCAAAACAAGUUCAGAGGAGGAAGAAGAGAGUGGGACAGUUCAAUUGAAAAUGGAAGAGCUAUCACUAACAACACUGAACUUAAGAGAGUCUGAAAUAUAUCUACCUAAACGUAGAAGACGAAAAAAGAAAAAUAAGAAUGCAUCUAAAAUGCAUUCUGAAGAUUUGGAUAGCACAGAACAUAACACUGAGGAGGAACUAUCGGCAGCAGAAGCUGUAGAAGCCGAGACUGUAGAAGCAGAGCAAGAAACAAAAUCAAAGAAAAGGGCAAAAGGACGAAAAAAGAAAGAACUGGAAGGAACUGUUGAUGACACGUGGGAAUACAGCGUGAGAGAUGCGCUCUUUACGGCCUGCAAGAUUGGAGAUGUGGAUGGUUUGCUACGACUUUUGAAUGAGCCGAAACCAGGAGAUGGAACUGUUGAGGAAAAUCAGACUUCUGACGUCCAAAACCCACUAAUAUUUCUCAAUAAGCCCAUAGACUCUUCAGGAUUUACUUUAUUGCACGUUGCCUCUGCUGCUGCACAGAAGACAGUGGUCAAGUGUCUUUUAGAUAUCGGAGCAGAUCCGGCAUGCAGAGACAACAAAGGCCAGACCCCUUUUAAAGUAGCACCAGAGAAGGACACAAGGAAUGUCUUUAGGAAAUACAUGGGGGAGAACCCUGACAAGUACGACUACAGUAAAGCACAGAUCCCAGGCCCACUGACUGCAGAAAUUGAGUCCAAAAAGUUGGAGAAGAAAAAAGCUCAAAAAGCACAGAAAAAAAUGCGAGAAAAAGAGCAAAAAGAUGAGAAAAAGAAACAAGAGUUGGAGGCGGAGGAGAAGAAACGAUUUGCUGCUCUCUCAGACAGAGAAAAGAGAGCUAUGGCAGCGGAGCGCAGACUGGCUGAACAGGCUGCUGCAACAGGAGUUAGCAUCUCAAAUGCAAAGAGAUGCUGGAUGUGUGGAGAGUCACUUCUGGGAAAAAUCCCAUUUCAGUAUUUGGAUUUUAUAUUCUGUAGCCCUCACUGUGUCCAACAACAUCGAAAAGCCAAUGCCAAAUGA